AAUACUCGUAAACGAACCUUAUUAUAACGAAGCCGGUUAUGAAAAGCAUAAAGAAACUCAACAGGGACAUGAAAAUUCCCGUAUGUACAACGAAAUGGCCACUAUUAAGUUGGUCCAAGCGACUAGCAAAUUGUUGGCACAACCUAGCGAACUAUUUCGCCAAGAAGUUUGUGAUUAUUAUAGUGUUAAUGGUCGACGAUUUUAUAAUCGAAUUAAAGGUUACAUUCAAUUAAGCAAUGAUAUGACUGCAAAAACACCAACCGGCUUUAGAUCUUUAGGCGAUACAGUUAGCAUUUUACCAGAUUUUCCACUUGUACCUGCCAGUCGUGGAUUUUGUCUAGCCGUCAAAGGUCUGUUGGAUCAUCUGGAUACUCAAUUACGUUUCUUGUACGAUGACAACACCAUCAACAAACCCGAAUUAAGUUUUGGAUUCAUCAACACAGAGGAACAAAUACCGUUAGAUUAAUUAUUUUUCAAUUACCACAAGUCCUUUAAUCUAUGCUGCAGUUUAAUUAACGUUUAAUUUUUAAACGUUCCCAAUAUUAUA